AUAAAGAGCGCUCUUCCCCUCCGCGAGUGAGUUUUCUUCGCUUCAUGACACCUUCAGAUCGUGACGGCGUACAGCCCACCAGUAGCGCGCGACACGGGCGCGCAUCCGGUCCUGACUCUUGUCAGAUGAGCAGGUUAAACGACAGGUUGUAUUCCGAGGUUUAAAACCUCACAUGUCCUUGUCAGUCUUAAAGUUCCUCUUUUAAAUGACUUCUUCGUGGCUAAUUAUUAACCACGGAGAUCCUAGAACAAAUGUGACUCAAUUUAUUUAUAUACACAAAGGCACAAACGUUUACGUUUUACGUCAAACCGAGUCGUUUUCAGCAUUUUAUAUUCAACAUUUUUGCUGUUGUUUUGUUUGUUUCUUUUUGUUUAUUCUCACAUACAACAGCUGCUUAUAUUUGACAUCUGGUCCUCUCGUUAGCAUCUCCUUCGGAUACAAAGCGCCAUCUGCUGAACAUAGUAAGCUACGUCACAUGAAAUUUAAGACAGGCAUAUUUUUAGCCAACAACUUGGGGUCCUAGUUCGCUUGGGCUGUACACAAUACAAACGGAAGUAACUCAGCUGAAAAGAAAUAGUUUGCUUUUUUGUCAGCUUUUGCCAAUUUAAGAAGAUUAUUGUUUACUACGUAGUGUCAAAUAAUUAAUUUACUGACGUUUCUGAAACCAUUUCAACAUAAUUUUCAUGAAAGCAAUUCCAGGGGGACUGGUUUUGUUAGCCAGUUGGAUGUUUUGAACAACGUUUGGAGAUGUGUGUGCAUUUCACCUAAAAGACAUGGAUGGUUACCCCAGCGUCCUCGACAGUGAUUCCACAAAACACCAGGAAAGACAUUACUACCUCCUAUCUGAACUACAAUUGCUGGUCAAAGACUUACCAAGUUCCUUCCAGCAACGGCUAUCCUACAACACGCUGAGUGACCUGGCUCUAGCACUCAUAGACGGGACGGUGUAUGAGAUUGUCCAGGGCCUCCUGGAUAUUCAGCACCUGACAGAGAAAAACCUGUACAACCAAAGGCAGAAACUGCAUUGUGAACAUCAAGCACUCAAACAGGAUCUUGCACGAAAGCACAAAGAUGCUUUACUGUCAUGCAAGUCACACAACCUUUCACUUCUCAAGUCUACCCAGCAAGCAGAGCUCGAGGCACUGGAAGUUCGAGUGCGAGAAGAACAAAGGAUGAUGGAUAAAAAGAUAGUAGCAGAAAUUGAUCAAAAAGUAAUAGACCAGCAGAACACUCUGGAGAAGGCUGGAGUCCCUGGAUUUUACAUCACCACUAAUCCUCAGGAGCUGACAAUGCAGAUGAACCUCCUUGAACUGAUUCUCAAGCUUCAGCAGAAAGAGUCUCAGUCUGGUCUGCUGUGAGGAUAAAAAAGGGACUCUUUUUUUGCCAAAGCAAUUAAAUAUUUAUUUUAUUUAUUUUUUUACGCUAGUGAGCAAGUAACAUCGUACAGCAACAAGUCCAUGGAGUGUUGAAACGCAUGUUGUUCUUGGAAGAAUAUGUUGGGUGUUGCAAUCCUGUUUGAAGAAGUUCAUCUCAAGGAUAACGCCAUGGGGGAAGAGCAGCAGAACACUGACAGCUUAAAAGUAAAGUCAGACUUUGAGAUAAGAAAGCUGUUCUGUGUCAAAUUCUGAUACUUUUUUUUUUUUACAUGACAGACACAAAGAUUUACUGGGAUGGCAUCGCUUGCUAUUUUGGAAAUUGAAGCAGUGCGUUGGAGGGCCUUCUCUGGGCACAUAUGUAUUUUUUUGUUUUCAAGAUAUGUUUUUUUUUAUUUCCAUUGAAACACAGGGUUGAACAGCAACAGUUACAUUCCCCUUCCAAUAUUUUUAACACAAGACUUCUUUUUUUUUUUUCUUCUUCUUUUUUCUGGAUGGAUCUGUUAUCUGAAAUUUGUUAACUGAAUUGUCAUUUCAGUUUGUAAAAAAGCUCUGUUUGUAGUCAUGACUGAAUAAAUUGACUGGCAAUAAUGUUUUUUUAUUUGUAAGGAACUGUUUGGUUCUUUAUGCAGAGCCUUAUUUGGGAUUUUACCUGCAGUGUUUAUGGUCUGGACCACUAGCCAGAUCUUUUGACUGAGAAGUAUAAAACAAGCUGCUGGGUUCCCAGAAUAAAAAAAAACUAGCUUGAUAAGUGGCCCUCACUAAUGUGGAAAAUAAAGGCAUUGUAAAGCAGCAGUGUCUACAUGUACAAACUGACUGGAACAAAUAUUUGAAUUUGUAUGUAUGUCACCAUAAUGUGAGGAAAAUAUACACUUCAUUAGACUCCAUACAUACACUCCAUUUUUAGUAAUUUGAUAUAUAUGCAAUGAACACCUGAUUUAACAGUGAAAAUCUGGUGCUGCACAAACCUUUCAAUUAAUAAAUGUUCUUUUUACGGCGUUAACGCCGGAACGUCUGACUCCACUGAACAGAACAGUAUUUUAGGAAAAUG